AUGUUUUUCUGUCCAUUCUGUGGAACGCUACUGUUGAUUGAGCCGGCCUAUCCGUGCAAUCGUUUCUCAUGCUCCAGCUGCCGGUACGUCGUGCCAAUUCAGUCACGGCGCCCGCUCACUAUUAAUCAUUCGUUCCUAAAGUACAAUAAGGUUGUGGAUGAUGACGAUGAGAAGGGAAGCUCAAAUACGGUGAAACGAGGCGUGAAAGAGGAGGAAGAGGUGGAUGGAGGCCAGGUGAUUACUGUGCGUUGUCAGAAUGAUGAGAAGCAGUGCGAUGGCGACCGGGCACACUACGUGCAGAUACAGAUGCGCUCCGCUGAUGAACCGGCAACAACGUUCUUCAAGUGUUUGAAGUGUGGCUUCCAGUGGAAGCAGGAUUAG